AUCCUACAAAAAAUACUCAUCAUAUUUGCUAAGCAACAAAAUAUAAUAGCAACAAGAUGGAGUUCACAAAGGUGCUCAUGUUGUUUUGAUCAUCAUCCUGCUUAAGAAGAGUAAAUAAAAGCCAAGAAACAAAAUAAGGAGAUCAUCAAAAAAAUCAAAGCAAAGACAGAAUGCAAAGUCACAAAGGCAACAACAUCCAAACAUCCCAAGAAGAAAUUAUCAAGAAAGAACUAGAGAUGGACAUAGAAAAAGAUUUAGAGGGAGAAAUCAAAGAAGAGAUAUAUCGGCUCGCGCUCCGCCUUCAUCGGCUAUACCAACACCAAAGGGACAAGCAUGCUUCUCAUGAACAAGUACAGAGUAACAAAAUCAAGGCAUUAUCUGAGGUCCACAUUAGUAUUAAGAUGGAAGGAGGGACCAAAGUUGAAAUUAAAGAAAUUAAGAAGAAACCUUGGGAUAACAACAAUAUUGGUAGGGUUCAACUUGGUAAGAAUAAUAAAUCAUCUAAGUUGGAUCAUAAGAGGUUUGAUUGGGCCAAUAGUCUUAGAUCAGGCCCAUUAAAAGCUUGUCAUAAUAUGGGCCGUAAAAAGAUACAGAUUGGAAAAGAACAUCCAAGGAAAGCUUUAAAGGAGAAUAUAAUUGUUGCUAAAAAGCAAGCUAGUGAGCCCAUUAAGGGGCGUUUGGUAAUUGGAGUUGGGGCUUGAUCAUAGCUAUUGAAAUUUAGCAUUUGACUUAAUUAUUCUAAAAAGUAAUUAUAUAAUUCGUAUUUAUUUGGUUUGAUAAAUAAGUUUUAUUUGUUGAGUUAACAAAACACAAUUUGGUAUACAAGUGCUUGAAAAUAAGAAGAUGGAGCAAUGUUUUCAGUCAUAUUGGAGGAUUUAAGGGGAAUGGCUUCACGUCAGAGAAUGGUUUACAAAUUUGUAAUGAACAUAUUUUUAUUACUUUUGUUUAUUGUCUUUGUGAUUCCUAGUUGUUAAAAAGAUUGUGACUGCUCUCUUUAACCAUAAAGAGAAAAAAAAAUAUAUACUUAGUGACUUUAUUAUAUUAAUUACUUUGUAUUAUUUUUAAAUAAACUUAUACAAAAACAU